AACAUACUGCAGGAAAAAAAAAGUAAUCCAAAGCACCUAAAGAUAAAUCUUUAUGUCCCCGUUAGGGUUCUGCUUAGGGUUUCUUCACUUCUUUUCAUUUUCCUUCAGACUUCACCAAAGUGAGAAAAUGACUUCCCCGUUUCCCUUGCCUUGAAUUCUCCAUCUUUCUACUUUAAAACCCAAAGCCCCAAAAGAGUUUUUAAUUUUCUUUUCUUAUAACCCUCAAAAAAAAAUUUCUUAUUGGAGAGAGCUUUUGAUAGGAUAUGAAUAUGGAGGCAAGAGUUGGGGUGGUGGUAGAAGGAGGGCAAAGGGCUUUAAAUUCAGCACACGGAGCUGUUGUAGAUGCUGGGGCUAGAAAGUUUUUACAGCAGCAGCAGCAACAACAACAUGAGCAUUCUUCAAAGCAGGGCUUGAAUCCGCAGGUUGGGACUGUUCAACAGCUUCUUGCUGGUGGUAUUGCUGGUGCUUUUAGCAAGACUUGUACGGCUCCUCUUGCUCGUUUAACCAUCUUAUUUCAGGUCCAAGGAAUGCAGUCAGAUGUAUCAGCAUUGAGCAAGGCUAGCAUAUGGCGUGAGGCUUCUCGCAUUAUUAAUGAAGAAGGGUUCAAAGCAUUUUGGAAAGGCAAUCUGGUUACCAUUGCUCAUCGUCUUCCCUACACUGCAGUCAACUUCUAUGCCUAUGAACGCUACAAGAGUUUUCUGCAGUCUACCCUCUGCUUGGAAAAUCAAAGGGGAAAAGCUGGUGCUGAUCUCGGUGUGCACUUUGUAGGCGGUGGGUUGGCUGGAAUGACUGCUGCCUCUGCUACAUAUCCAUUGGAUCUUGUAAGGACGCGUCUUGCAGCCCAGAGAAACUCAAUAUACUACAGGGGUAUUUGGCAUGCCUUUCAUACCAUUUGCAGAGAAGAGGGAAUUUUCGGCUUGUAUAAAGGACUUGGAGCAACAUUAUUGGGUGUUGGACCAAGUAUAGCUAUAAGCUUUUCAGUAUAUGAAUCUUUGAGAUCUUAUUGGCAAUUACAAAGGCCUGAUGAUUCCACUAUUAUGGUUAGUCUUGCUUGUGGCAGCCUCUCAGGCAUUGCAUCAUCAACAGCUACGUUUCCUAUUGAUCUCGUGAGGAGACGCAUGCAACUGGAAGGGGCUGCAGGGCGAGCUCGUGUUUACAAAACUGGGUUGACUGGGACUUUCAGGCAUAUAAUCCAUUCGGAAGGUCUUCGUGGCUUGUACAGAGGGAUUCUGCCUGAAUACUACAAGGUGGUUCCUGGUGUAGGCAUUGUCUUCAUGACCUACGAGACAUUGAAGAUGCUUCUAUCAAGCAUCCCAACCGGUUAUUAGCUUAAGUUCGGUUAAUCAUCUUAGUCAAUUUGGUUCUCAAGAAGACAAGGAACCCCAAAAGAAAUGGUAGAAAAGUGAAAGCAGUCAGUUAAACAUAGAAAAGAUAGGAAAACAAAUGGUUCUUUACUUGUUUCUACUGUAUUAGAUGUGAAACCUGGGUGGUAAAUUUUGCAGUUUGCUGCCAUGGGCAUUUUUGUUUAAUGUAUAGGUAAUUGGCACUGCAAGAGUGAAUUAAGUGUAAUAACUAUCUAGUUUCAGCACACUUAGGCCUAAAAAUUUAGUUAAUUAACAAUUAUUGAUGAUCAUGCCAUCAUCGCAGUUUUGUAUGCAACUUGUUUGUUAACUGCCCUCGUGCAGGUUGACAGUGUUCGAUUCCUUUGUAUUUGAAUGAUAUUAAAAGUACAAGUGGUGUGGACAGUGGAGAAAA